AGGCAUUUCAACUCUGUCGACCGCUCUGUAAACAUCAGGCAGCCCUUCUGAGCUGCCGCCGCUGCUGAAUGAGCUCUUCAAAGCCCAUUCCUGUUGUCAACUCACUGUAUUCUUGCUGGAGAACACUUAAAAUACCUGCACAGAAAAUAUGAUGCAUCUGACUAGUGGUGUCAUAUUGAGCGUCAUCAUUUUGGGGUCCAUGUGGCUGCUGUCCCUCACAUGGCUCCACAUUCUGUUGGUGGGACUCGGGCUCGGCGUGUUCUCGAGGGGAUCCUGGAGAAGCGUUCAUGUAGCUGCACACACAGUCAAAAGAGACCUGGCGUGUUUGGUUAUUUUACUGCGAGUGAAGUUUUCCAUGUACCGAAAUCUGCGAAAUAAAAGCACCAUCCCUUCCCUGUUUGCUCAGAGGGUGACACUGCACCCAGACAAGCCUGCCUUAAUCUAUGAGGCCACAGGAGAGGUUUGGAGUUUUAGGGAGCUGCAGGAGCGAUGCCAUGCCGUGGCACACUGGGCUCUGGCACAGGGCUGGGCUGAGGGCGAUGUAGUGGCUCUGUACCUGGAGAGUCAGCCUUUAGUGGUGGCUCUGUGGCUGGGUCUGGCUAUGGUGGGCGUGGAGGCUGCACUCAUCAACUACAACCUUCGACUGGACUCGCUGCUGCACUGUGUCAAAGCGUCCAGAGCUCGAGCUAUGGUGUUUGGAACAGAGAUGACUGAAGCGGUGUCAGAGGUGACUGACUCGUUGCAGUCCGACAUGAUUCUGUUCAGGGCCGGUGAGCAGCAGGAUGAGGAGAAACUCUGCAGCCGAGAAGUUGAGAACUUGGACGCUUUGCUGUCUUGUUCACCCAAACACCCACCACAGAACAAACUGAGAAAAGAAUUUAAUGACAGACUUUUCUACAUCUACACUUCUGGUACAACAGGAAUGCCAAAGGCAGCUAUAGUGGUGCACAGUCGGUAUUAUCGCAUUGCUGCCUUUGGUUUUCACGCCUUUGGAUUGCGUCAUGAUGACGUCAUCUACAACUGCCUUCCCCUCUACCAUUCUGCAGGUACCAUUAUGGGUGUAGGGCAGUGUUUGCUCUUUGGCUCGACUGUCGUAAUCAGGAGAAAGUUUUCGGCCAGUCGCUUCUGGGAUGACUGCAUCAAACACAACUGCACUGUAAUCCAGUACAUAGGUGAGAUCUGCCGUUAUCUGUUGGCCCAGCCUGUACGACCUUCUGAGGCUCAGCACCGGGUUCGUGUUGCCUACGGUAAUGGCCUCCGUCCCUCCGUGUGGGAGGAGUUUGUCCAGAGGUUCAGAAUCCAAAGAGUUGGGGAAUUUUACGGUGCCACUGAGUGUAACUGCAGUCUGAUCAACACCGACGGAAAGGUAGGGGCGUGUGGCUUCAACAGCCGGAUCCUGCCCAGUUUUUACCCCAUCAGACUGGUCAGGGUGCAGCAGGAUAACAGAGAGCUGCUCAGGGAUGCACAGGGACUCUGCAUACCCUGUCCACCUGGGGAGCCAGGCAUGCUAGUGGGGUGCAUCAACCACACUGAUCCGCUAAGGAGAUUUGACGGCUACGCUGAUAAAGACUCUACUAAUAACAAAAUAGCUCACAGCGUAUUCAAGAUGGGAGACUCCGCUUACAUAUCAGGUGACGUGCUGGUGAUGGAUGAAUAUGGCUACAUGUACUUUAAGGACCGCAGCGGCGACACAUUUCGUUGGCGAGGGGAGAACGUGUCCACCACAGAGGUGGAAGGAGUCCUCAGCAGGCUGCUGGGACACACUGAUGUAGCCGUCUAUGGAGUAUCUGUACCAGGGGUGGAGGGGAAAGCUGGUAUGGCAGCAAUAGCUCCAGAAGGAGGCCAAUUGGACCUUGAUGUGUUCUUGAUCGCUGUACAAAAAGCUCUACCCUCCUACGCACGCCCCGUCUUCCUCCGAAUCAUGCCAUCUGUUGACACUACAGGUACUUUCAAAAUUCAAAAGGUACGACUGCAGAGGGAAGGAUACAAGCCACAAGACACAAGUGAAAAGAUUUAUUUUCUGAACAGUCGUGCUGGGUGUUACGAGGCUGUUACUCAUGAACUAUAUAACGCCAUCAUGGAGGGGAAAGUGUCUUUAUGAGACCAGAGGAGGAGACGAAGAAAUAUGGACAUAUGGUGAGGAUACUGUGUGGAUUUAAAUGGAAAAGAACAACACAGAAGUCACUGAUGGAUGGGAUUUAGAGACGACUACAGUGCUGUAAAUACUGAUACUGGAAACAUGAUCUGUUUUUGCAGUUAUAUGAACUCACAUGUUUGUAAUAUAGUAGGAUCGUUCUUACAUGAUAUGGCAUCUUGGUUUGCUUCAAUAAUAUUCCAUAUCCAGUAAAAUACUUUUACUUUGUUUUACAUCCAGUAGAAUAAAAUAAAAACUAACCAAACAUGG